AUGUACUUUUCCUGUAAGCAGUUCAACAGAUACAUACUCGAAUUCGUUUCUUGUCUGCAGGUUGAGAAAGCUGUGUUUGUGGUUUUCUUCUCUGGGGAGAAGAUAAAAACUAGUAUCGUGAUCAUUUGUGAAGCAUUUGGUGCAAAUCGCUACCCUGUUCCUGAGGACAUUACCAAACAGAGGCAACUAACUCUAGAAGUUUUAUCACGUCUUUCUGACCUAGAAGCCACCCUGGAUGCUGGGAAAAGGCAGCAGAAUAAUGCUCUCAUGGAAAUUGAGCUACCCUUGCAGAAGUGGAUGUAUUUGGUUAGAAAGGAGAAAGCGGUGUGUGAUACUUUGAAUAUGCUUAAUUUUGAUGUUACCAAAAAAUUUCUUCUUGGAGAGGGCUGGUGCCCAAUAUUUGCAAAACCCCAGAUUCAAAAUGCACUGGAACGGGCACCAAAUGACAUCAACUCACAGAUGGGGAUAAUUUUUCAUGUGAAGGACACUAUGGAGUCACCACCUACACAUUUUAGAACGAACCGCUUCACGGGUGCAUUUCAGGAAAUCGUCGAUGCAUAUGGUAUUGCUAGAUACCAGGAAGCAAAUCCUACAGUUUAUACUGUUAUUACAUUUCCGUUUCUGUUCGCUGUCAUGUUUGGAGACUGGGGUCAUGGAAUAUGCUUGUUAUUGGGAGCACUAAUACUAAUAGCUUUCGAAAGAAAGAUUGGUUCGCAGAAACUUGGCAGUUUUAUGGAGAUGGCUUUUGGCGGCCGCUACGUAAUUCUUCUAAUGGCCUUGUUUUCUAUAUAUUGUGGGUUGAUAUACAAUGAGUUCUUUUCUGUUCCCUUCCACAUUUUUGGUGAGACUGCUUACAGAUGCCGAGAUUCUACAUGCAGUGAUUCGCAUACUAGUGGUCUACUCAAAUUCCGUGGUCCAUACCCAUUUGGCGUGGACCCCAGCUGGCGUGGAAGUCGAACUGAGCUACCUUUCCUAAACUCCCUCAAGAUGAAGAUGUCAAUUCUUUUAGGUGUAACUCAAAUGAAUCUAGGAAUCUUAUUAAGUUACUUGAAUGCAAAGUUCUAUGGCAGUUCAAUAGAUAUAUGGUGUCAAUUUGUACCACAGGUGAUCUUUCUUAACAGUCUCUUUGGGUACCUUGCACUUCUCAUUGUUAUCAAGUGGUGCACAGGUUCUCAAGCUGACCUUUAUCAUGUGAUGAUUUACAUGUUUUUGAGUCCAACUGAGGAUCUUGGCGAAAAUCAGCUGUUUCGUGGCCAGAAAAUCUUGCAGAUUAUAUGGUUAAUUUUGGCUAUUGCUGCUGUUCCUUGGAUGCUCUUACCAAAGCCCUUCAUCUUGAAAAACGUCAUUCAAAGAGGUAUCAAGGUCAUAGAUAUGGGAUCUUUGUCUCUUCUGAAAGAGAUCUCGCUAAAGCUGACUCCACAAAAGCAGAUCAACAUCAUCAGGAUUUUAAUUUUAGUGAGGUCUUUGUGCAUCAGAUGAUACAGUCGAUUGAGUUUGCUUUAGGUGCUGUUUCAAAUACCGCGUCAUACCUACGGCUUUGGGCUCUGAGUUUGGCUCACUCAGAGUUGUCAACUAUCUUCUACCAGAAAUUACUUCUUCUUGCUUGGGGGUCUGAAAAAAUUGGCAUCCGCAUAGCUGGACUUGUAGCUUUCCCUUUUGCCACUGUCUCCAUAUUGCUAGUGAUGGAAACUCUAAGUGCCUUUCUCCACGCCUUGCGUCUCCAUUGGGUUGAAUUCAUGAAUUAAUUCUACCGCGGAGAGGGUUACAAGUUCCAACCAUUUUCCUUUGCCUCCUUGGACGAAAACGAAGACUGAACUACUUGCAAGAUUUAGCAGUGUCGAUUGAGGUUAUGGUGGUCGAUGUGUUUUUGAGCUUGAUUAAUCUUUUGUUUAAAAACUAUGUAAAUAUUAUCACAGCUUAGGAAGUAGGUAUUCCCUUUCCUA